UGACAUAAAGUAAAAUUCCUCGGCAAGGAUUGCAGAGUAGUUUGGAACUGAGAAAAAGGAAAGUAACUGCAACUUCUUAUCAACAUAUCCAUGUCUGCUACUUUAUUUUUAGUUCCCAAUUCUAAUACACUGACCCUCUGUCCCCAUUCCAAUUUUGUUAUCAAACCCAAAACAGUUCUUCUUUCCAAAUCAUUCAAUUUUAAAAUUACCACUUUUUCCUCCAAACCCAAUGAUUAUAAUCAUUCCAGCAAAAACUUGGAACAAUGCAAUCUUGAAUUUGAAAAUCAAGAUUAUGGGUCAACAUCAAACCCUAUUUCACGUUCAAGUUCAGGAAUUAAAGGCCCUACUGCUCCAUGGAUGAGGGGUCCUCUUCUUGUUGAACCCAAUCAAGUUGUGGACUUAUCCAAAUCAAGAAAGAAGAAAGAUGCCAACUUUACUAAAACCCAAAAUCCUAGUGAUUCACUUUCUGGUAAAGUUAGUGGAGGAAGAGGUAAAAAGGCAAUGAAGAAGAUUUAUCAAAGCAUUGAUAAGCUCCAAGAAACACAGAAUUUGGAAUUUACACAUGUGGAAACUGAUGCUAAGUUUGAAUUUCAGUUCCCACCUGCUUCUUUAACUCAUUGGAAAGAUGUGAACUUUCAAUUUAAUGAACAAACUCCAUAUGUGAAAAAGGACAAAGUGGAAUUUGAUAUUUUAUCAAGAGAGAAUGAAGGAAGUGGGAAUAGAAGAAGUGGAGAGAAAAUGCCAUGGGAGAGUGAGGAGAGAAUUGUGUAUAGGAGAAUGAAGAAGGAGAAAGUUUUAACAGCUGCUGAGUUGAAACUUGAUGCAAUGUUGCUUGAGAGAUUGAGGGGUGAGGCUGCACAGAUUCAGAAGUGGGUGAAGGUUAAGAAAGCAGGAGUGACACAAGCUGUUGUUCACCAAAUCCACUUGCUUUGGAAGAAUAAUGAACUUGCAAUGCUCAAAUUUGACCUGCCUUUAUGUCGUAAUAUGGACAGAGCUCAAGAAAUUAUUGAGAUGAAGACUGGAGGCUUUGUAGUUUGGAGGAAGAAAAAUGCUCUGGUUGUUUAUAGAGGAUGUGAUUAUACUUUGAGACUGAAGGAUGACCCCAAACGACUUCAUGAUUUUAUCCGUAGUCAACAAAACAGUUCAUCUACUGACACCUUUAAAAAGACAAGUGCUUUCUUGUCGUCGAACUCAAGUAGGAGCAGUGUAGAUGUGAUAAGUGGUGAAAGCUCAGAAGAGGAUAGCCUAACAAUAAAUGAGUCACUCUAUGAGAGGGAAGCUAAUAGAUUAUUGGAUGACUUAGGACCUCGUUAUGUUGAUUGGUGGUGGCCAAAGCCUUUACCUGUGGAUGCAGAUUUGCUUCCUGAAGUGGUUCCUGGAUUUAAGCCACCAUUUAGACUUUGCCCGCCACGUUCAAGAUCAAAGCUGACUGAUGAUGAACUUACACACUUAAGGAAGCUUGCUCGUUCUUUGCCAACUCAUUUUGUCCUCGGGAGAAACAGAAAACUGCAAGGUCUGGCUGCAGCCGUCAUAAAAUUGUGGGAGAAAUGUCAUAUUGCAAAGAUAGCUUUGAAGUGGGGAAUUCCAAAUACGAACAAUGAGCUAAUGGCAAAUGAGCUGAAGUAUCUUACUGGAGGAGUUCUUUUAUUGCGGAAUAAGUUCUUUAUAAUCCUAUACAGAGGUAAGGAUUUUCUUCCUUCUCAAGUUGCAAGCCUUGUAGCUGAGAGGGAAGUGGAACUCAGAAGAUGUCAGCUUGAGGAAGAAGCUGCACGAUUCAAAGCAAUUGAAACCCUUCCAAUCACUACUGGAGAAUCAAUGAGCAGUAGUAAUGUUGGGCCUUUAUCAGAAUUCCAGACAAUUGCAGAACCUGGAAGGGAGAAAUCUGAGACUGAAGUUCAAUUAGUAGCAGAAAAAGAAAGAUUAGAAAAAGAACUGAGAGAUGAACAGCACAGCCUUUACAUUCUCAAGAAGAAGAUUGAAAAAUCAUCUAUAGCAUUGGGAAAGUUAGAUGCUGCAUGGAGACCUGCCAAACCAGAUGUCGAUAAAGAAAUCUUAACACAAGAAGAGAGACGAUCUCUUAGGCAGAUAGGAUUGAAGAUGGACAGGAGUUUAGUGCUUGGGAGACGCGGUGUUUUUGAUGGUGUGUUAGCGGGUCUCCAUCAGCAUUGGAAGCACAGAGAAGUUGUUAAGGUGAUCACAAUGCAGAAAAUCUUUUCUCAGGUCAUUCAUACUGCAAAUCUCCUGGAGGCAGAAAGUGGUGGAAUACUGGUUUCUGUAGACAAACUUAAAGAAGGCCAUGCUAUAAUAAUUUAUCGGGGAAAGAACUACAGACGCCCGGAAUUGGUGCCGCAAAAUCUUUUAAACAAAAGACAAGCUUUAAGUCGGUCCCUUGAAAUGCAGAGACUUGGAUCAUUGAAGUUUUAUGCAAAUCAAACGGAGCAGGCAAUCUCUGAUCUUAAGUGCAAGUUGGUAGAAUAUACAGUAAAGAUUGGUCAAAUGGGGGAAGAUCUAAAAGCUAGUGGUGCAUAACUACUCUUGAUCUUGAUCUUUAUCUUGACAUGGUCUACAUGCAUCAGCACGAAGGGAGUUCACCCAUUGGCUAGCUGAGUAUUAUGGGGAAAUAAGGACUAUUGCUUUGAGCCCUUGAUUAAUGACCUUAAACUUGGUAAAUUUUGAGAUGCGUCUUGGGAUUUCACUUUUGGGAUAACUGUGCAACUUGUGGAAGCAUUCAACUACGUGAUUCUCCUUGAUGAGACAGCAGAGUUUCAGGAUGAUGGUGGACUUGCAUAAGAGCAUUGGAUUGACAGUAACAUUGCUAACAUUCUUUUUUGCCACUUGUUGCAUGAUCUGGAAAAUAUCUAUUGAAGCAUUAGGUAGGCCGACCUCUAUGCUCGAAAGCAAUAAAAGAGCAUUUGGAGGAGGGAGAAGAUGAACGUACGAUAGAGAUUUGUUCCAUACAGCACGGAUUCAGUAAAAUUAAUUGCUUUACUGUUUCUUUAAGGACACUCUGCCACCUCUCGCAGCAACUGCAUGAUAUUGUGCCAAUUCCAUGUUUCAACUACUGCAGACAUGUCUCAUAUUUUUCUACUGAAUGGCAGAUUGAAUUGUAAGGUCCUGUUCAUACCACACAUUGACUUUUAAAAUUAGUUACUCAGAUAAGUGGCAAGUCCACACUGCAACAAAAGGUGGGUGCGAUGCAGGAUGAGAUGAGUGUUACCGGGAGGAUUCGUUGUUAUUUGGUGAUUAUCAAUCCAGGGCGUAGUGCACCUAUGGAUUUACCCUUCAUUUUCCACAAGACAACGAUAUAGGUGUUAGUGUAAUUUAGUGGUGUAAUUUAGUGGGAAAUGUGUGGUCAGGUUGUGGCUGCUCGAUGGUUUGGAUACAAACCUUAGGCAUCAUUACCUUUUCACAUGCAUUGUAUGACACUAAAGUGAAGUUUAUGUCCUCUUUGUUUGGUGAAAGUUGGCAAUAACUUUAUUAAUGCAUUGUAGCUAGUUUUCUGAUUCA